AUGGCCGACCGCCAGUACCCGCCGCCGCCGACGAGGCAGACCGCCGCAUCCGUCCUCCAGAAGCUCCGCGACCACGCCCCCAAGUCCGCCCAGCUCGCCGGCCUCGCCACGCUCGUCGUCUCCGGCGGCAUCCUCCUCCUCCUCGCUGGCCUGACCCUCACCGCCGGCGUCCUCGGCCUCGUCUUCUUCGCGCCGCUGAUCCUCCUCACCAGCCCCGUGUGGCUCCCCGCCGGGAUCCUCGUGUUCGUCACCGUCUCAGGCCUCCUGUCGUUCUUCGGGCUCGGCGUGGCGGCCGUCGCCGCCGUGUCCUGGCUGUACAGGUACUUCAGGGGUUUCCACCCGCCCGGGUCGGACCGGGUCGACUACGCCCGUACCCGAAUUGCAGACACGGCGGGCCACGUGAAGGACUACGCCAGGGAGUACGGUGGGUAUUUUCAGAGCAAGGUUAAGGAUGCGGCCCCGAGCGCCUAA